AUGUCGGGUUUAAGGAAACCGCGGCUACCAACGCUCUUCCAGAGCCGAGCCACCGAUACUUCACUCAUAAAUUGUCAGAAGUGUUUAGAGAAAGGUCACUGGACUUAUCAAUGUACAAAUCAGCGAAAGUAUCUCAAACGCGAAUCAUACACCAGUAUACUAGUGAAAAAGCUUGAAACUCAGAAAAAGUCAAAGAUUCAAAAAAAAACAAACAACACUGAAUCAUCAUCCUCAAGCUCUAGUUCGUCCUCUGACUCUUCGACUUCAAGUUCUGGGGAUGACUCUGAUGAUGGGGAAUCUACCUCAGAAUGUAGUUCAAGCAGUAACGGAGAUUCUAGCGACGACUCAUCUUCCAGUACUUCCUCAUGUUGCGAAAGCAGCCGAUCUUCUUCCUCCACAAGUUUAAAGCGCAUAAAGGAAUGAUCGUAAUGGUACUGAAAUUGUACAGUUA